AUGAACAGAACCGUUCACAACAGCAUCAUCGACGACAGUCACCAAGGAUGUGCGACUGUUAAAAUGGCAGCGGCACCGCUGGCGAAGCUUAAACCGACUUUCUCGAGCUCCAGAGCCGCCAUGCGCUCUUCGAAGCCGACAUUACUAGGCUUCACAUCCACCCCCGGGUCCAUAGCCAUUCUGGGGUCUGGUGCAAUACCAGAGACAGCAGUCUGGGUGACCGGUUGGGCCAAGAAACAAGCCAGAACUGUGCAAAUCCACAGUCUGGAGCUUCUUCCCGAUCGCCUGGAGAAGAGUGUCAAGGUCCUCAACAGACUUUGCGAGGAUACGCAACACUGCACAUUUGAGGCUGACGAUAUCAAAGACGCUCCUCAGGACCUCCGCGAGCAUGACGUCGUUAACUUCAACGCCGAAGUUAGAUCGACAGCUUUGGAGGAAGAGAAUGUUUUGCUUAGCGUGGUGUAUCGUAUGAGGGCGGGCGCUUUUAUGCUGACGCGAAACACUCAUUCUAUCAAGACUAUGGCAUAUCCUCCAGCUAAGAUCCAAACUCAACGUCUGAUCAAGAGGUUGCGACCGGUCCUUACGUGCCAGCUGAAUGGCGAGCCUGGGAAGAACGCGAACGCGAGUUUUAUCAUUUCUAGGGUAUCCUAUGUAUAG